CAAUUUCCUCCCCAAUCGACUCGACUCAUCAUGCCCAACCCACCUCACCAGGCAAACAACCCCACCGUCGCUGAGCUGCCUGCUACUACAUCUGCACAGGAAGUAGCAGAAAUUGUCCGCCGUGACGGUGGCGUGAUUAUCAAAAACUUCAUCUCUGCCGAUACGAUAGCGCAAAUCGACCGAGAGCUUGCGCCUCAUUGGCAACGCAAGGGCGUGUACAAGGGCAAUCUAUUCAAUGCAGAUGAUCCGCCAUUAAGUGGACUUUGUGGCAAGUCUCCGACGGUGGCCGAGAAGGCUCUGAACCACCCGCUUUACCAGGAGGUUGCGAAGGAGCUACUCCGCGAUGUUAUCUAUCCGUGGUGGGGGGACUCUCGUAGCAUCUGCAUCUCCGACCCGAUCCUUGCUGUCUCGCAGGCUUUCACUCGCGGGCCAAAGACCGCCGGUCAGCCCUUGCACAGAGAUGACAUGCCGCAGCAUUUUGAACAUGAGGAAGGAAGCGGAGAUAGCUCCCUCCUCGGACUCCUGGUAGCUGGAACGAGAUGCACGUUUGAAAACGGCGCCACGCAGCUAAUCGUGGGAUCCCAUAAAUGGGGUGAUAAUAGAGGUCCUGCGGAUCCAGCGUUGUGCUCGACAGCGGAGAUGGAUAAGGGUGACGCCCUCAUUAUCAUUGGUAGCAUAUGGCAUGGUGCUGGAGAAAACAUCUCGCACGAGCGACGAAACAUCUACUCCAUGCAUAUGGUGCGUGGGACUAUGCGCCAGGAUGAGAACCAGUAUCUUGCUAUCCCGAGAGAGGUUGCAAAGACGUACAGCCCCGAGGUGCAGGCCAUCAUUGGGUAUUCGGUCAGCCAACCGUAUUGUGGGUAUGUGGAGAUGGAUGAUCCAGUCAAGCUUCUUCAGGAGAAUGCGGGAUUCCAACACCAUGACUUGCAGGGGAUUAUAUUUGAAGGUCCGGGCUCUGAGAACUUCAAGGGAGAGAAGCCUCGACUUGCUCCUAUUGCGGGAAACUGAAGGAUACAUAGGGAUUUAGCCUGUUGAGGUUGAUAUAGCUACACCAGAAUGAACACCAGAAUGAUGAACCCUGCUAAAUUGCAUGGACUUUGAAAGAUUUAUCUGCCGAUUCUUGUUUCUUCUAGAUUAAAUAAUGC